CGCCGUCGUUGUUGUCCCCGUUGUCGUUGCGCACCGUUUGAUCAUUCUGUUUCCAUAGGAAUUCUACGGCGGGAUUUAAAAAGUAUCAGGAGGUGAUAGCGCCGGCAUUCGCCCACCCUCGCCCCGUCGUUUUCGCCGUGGCUACCGAAGAGGGUGGACGGCGCGAGAAGCCCCAGAAUGCUGACGACGAACAGCGCCUACGGUUGCCGUAAUCAUCCCUUCGCCGGCAGUCCGACGAGCAUCGCGACCAUCGGCAAUCUGGCGUCUACGACGCGGCCGAAAUUCCUGCCGAGGACCACCCCGAAGUUAAAAACGUUGUCCGGCGUAAACAACUGCGUGGAUCCGGCGUGCGUCGCGCGGAUGAAGCGAUUGAAAAAUAGAAAAGCAAAUGGCGCUUCGAGGAUGGACCUGAACAAGAGGAAGCCGGCGGACUACACGGAGUUGGCAUACAGAGAAGCUAUAUCGAAGUUGAAGUACCUGUUGGCUGAGUCCUACGCGCCAACAGCAAUGUCCGGAACAAAGCCACAGAGCAUCAGAAGCAUAUAUAAGAGCAGUAAUCUACGCAUUAGCGAAUCUGGAGAAGACACGGAUGAUCAGAGCAUAAUCAGCGGCAGUUUUCGCAGAAAGGAUCUCGCCGGGAACGCGGUCACCAAUACAUUCCCUCCGCUGUCGAAAACUAUUCAACCGACGAAAGCGUACAGUAACAUAGCGCUUUCAAGGGCUGAUCUGCAAUCCAUUCCGCCGGAGUUGACGUCCUUUAUCGAGCGACAAGAGGACUACAUCGAGCAGUUGGAACGAGAGUCCCAAUACUGUCGCGACGAGCUGAUCAAUCUGCUGAGUAAAGUUCGAGAGGUUGUAGCCGAGAACGAGGCGCUGCAUAGUAAGAAUCGAGAUGCGCUGUCGAAAUGCACUCUACAAGAUCACAAAGACUGUGUCGAAGCAGAUCGCGAGAGUCGCGAACGGGUCGAUAACGCUGCUGGUGACUUGGAAGUCAAAAGAGAGAAGCCUCUGGUAGGACCCAGCAUAGUGUUCGAGUCGAGAAUCAGCGAGUUGGAGGCGCAGUUGACACAGACGAAGCUGGAGUUGCGAAAGGCACAGGAGGAGAAUCAAGCGAACAUGAAACGUCUGUCAGACGGUUGCUCGAACGAAGGCAAUCCCGAGCUCCGAGCCGAAUUGGACAAGGCUCUGCGCGCCAAGUACGAGGCUGAAAUGAAGUUGGAGGAAUCGCAGAAACUGUUGUCGGCCGCGAGAGACAAGGAAACUGAGGCGACCCAUAAAGCGAAGCGAUCCAUGGACGACAGACAACAGAUCGAGUUUGAGAGGAAUCAGAGCGAGAUGGAAAUACGGAGAUUGAAGGAUGAGCUGGAGAGGCAACACGAGAAGCUGCGUGAUGCUGCUCAAGAAGCGAAUAGACGUAUAAGCGAUGAAAGGCAACAGCUGGAACGUCGGUAUAAUCAGCAGGUCGAGCAGCUCUCCGCGGACAUCGCUUCCCAUUGGGAAAUUGCUAACAAGUCGCAAUUGGAGUCCGAGAAGCAGCGAAGAGAGAUAAAUGAACUCAGAAGGGAGUUAUCUCAGAAGCAAACGUCCACCGAUAACCUGAAGAAAGAAUUGCAGAACAAGAUAUCUACUCUACAGAGCGAUCUUAAUCAAGCCUUGAGCGAGAAAGACGCAGCGGAACAGGAAGUUUUAACUGGCAAAUUAUCAGCCGAGCGGAGCGAACGGCAAGCUCGACAGGAGCAGAGUAGAUUGCAGACUGAGAUAAAUUCGUACAAGCAACGUCUGGAACGGGCGGACGCUGACUUGGUGCAUUGCAGACGAGAAAAUCUCAGACUGUCAGAGCAGAUAGCAUCUUUGGAGAAAGAGAUAAGUAUGAGCAAAAUUGCACACCCUGAGGACGGUCGUAGUCAAGUUACGCCUAGACUGGAGAACGAGAAGGAAUUGACUUCUAUGAUAAUGGACAUGGAGACUAAGCAUGCUGCUACGGUGGCGGGCCUAGAAGACGCCCUGAAUAAUCAGGCUACGCUCGUCUCGAGACUGACUGCCGAAUGCCAAUCUCUCACACAGCGUUUGGAAGCUAACAGUCUUAAACACAAGGAAGAAAUGGCCGGCCUACAAAGCAACAUAGAGCACUUAUCGAAUAAAAUACAAAGCAGCUUUGUGAGUCACGAAGGAGGAGCUCCUAUGGAAACUAACGAUGGCACGCCCGCAGCUUUUCAAUAUAAUCGUACGAUGGAUUCAGUAGCCCCGCCGUCGUCGAACGGAUUGCCAGCCGGUGAGAACAACAUUCCAACGUCGCGAAUGAUUCAUCAGACGUACGAGGCUGUUCCUCCCGGUCAACAAGUGACGGACGUAGGGCCCGAAGUGUAUUCUACGAACGAUCAGUCGCAGGACUUGUACGGCUUGUCGGACGACCAGCAGCGCGCCGUGGGAAACGACUCCGUACCAAACACGAUGGAGACCACGGAGAUGUACCAGAGAGACGUUCACGGCGACGAGCAAGAAUACACUGCGAAUGAUCCGAGCAUGGACACUUACAUGGCAGAGCAGGAUUACGAUCAGUAUAGUAGCUAUAAUACCGCACAGUAUCCGGGGGAACAAUAUGUUAACAACGAACAGUUCGAUGUAACAGCGGAGCCGAUGGAGGAUAGUCAAACUGUCUCUGACGCGACCGGACCCAAUACCAAAACUUUGCACUAACAUACUUUGUAUUAACGGCACACGUGCAUAAGCAAUAUAAUGUUUGUGAACAUAUAUCAAAAAUGUACGCAGAAUACAGGACAAUGUGUAAACCGAAA